CAUUGUGAGAUUAGUCAGUUGAAUUUCUUUGCGCAUUGUGAUCCGUGUUGUAAAAGUGUCGCGGUCGUCGAGUAGUUUUUCGCCGUAAAUUCCUCGAGAAAUCCGUUGUUUUGUGAGGACCGUGCUUCAGAACCUAUCCUGCGACCCUUGUAAUGCAAUAAGGAAAUUGAUAACGGAAGCUUCGGAUCAAUCGUAUCAUGAAAAUGGUUUUGUCCCAACGCCAGCGAGAAGAGCUUAAUAAAGCCAUCGCUGACUAUCUGAACAGCAAUGGGUACGUGGACGCUUUGGAGGCGUUCAAAAAGGAGGCAGACAUGCCCGGCGAAGUCGAACGGAAAUUCGGCGGUCUGCUCGAGAAGAAAUGGACAUCCGUGAUUCGGUUGCAGAAGAAAGUGAUGGAACUGGAGUCGAAACUGAACGAGGCAGAGAAGGAGUACAUCGAGGGAGCGCCAACGCGAGGCAAGCGCUCUCCGGCCGAAUGGAUACCGAGGCCGCCUGAGAAAUUCUGUCUCACCGGACAUAGAGCGCCUGUUACUAGGGUAAUAUUCCACCCAGUAUUCAGUCUAAUGGUCUCGGCAAGCGAAGACGCCACCCUAAAGGUGUGGGACUUUGAAACCGGCGAGUACGAACGCACCCUCAAAGGGCACACCGAUUCUAUCCAAGAUAUCGCGUUCGACGCGACUGGCAAACUAUUGGUCAGCUGCAGCGCCGAUAUGAGCAUCAAAUUGUGGGACUUUCAGCAGUCAUAUGAAUGUGUACGCACCAUGUUGGGCCACGAUCACAACGUGAGCAGCGUCGGUUUCAUGCCCGCCGGCGAUUUCGUCAUCUCGUCCAGUCGCGAUAAGACGAUCAAGAUGUGGGAGGUGGCAACUGGUUAUUGUGUCAAAACCUAUUCCGGACACAGGGAUUGGGUACGGAUGGUAAGGGCGUCGCCGGACGGUUCUCUGUUGGCGAGCUGUUCAAAUGACCAGACGGUGCGCGUAUGGGUUGUAUCAUCAAAGGAGUGUAGGAACGAGUUGAGGGCGCAUGAGCACGUGGUCGAGUGCAUUGCCUGGGCGCCAGAUUCAGCGGCUGGUGCGAUCAACGAGGCAGCCGGCGUCGACAACAAGAAGGGUGCGCAUAUGGGUCCGUUCCUGGCCUCGGGUUCUAGAGAUAAAACCAUCAGGAUAUGGGAUGUUGGUGCUGGGGUGGCGCUGUUCGUGUUGACGGCACACGACAACUGGGUGAGGGGCGUAGUCUUCCAUCCCGGCGGCAAAUUCCUGAUUUCGGCCAGCGACGAUAAGACCCUCAGAGUGUGGGAUCUCCGGAAUAAGCGUUGUAUGAAAACUCUGGAUGCCCACAAACACUUUUGCACAUCCCUAGAUUUUCACAGGACGCAUCCGUACGUGAUUUCAGGCAGUGUGGAUCAGACAGUGAAAGUGUGGGAAUGUCGUUAGGUUACUUAAAACUUGGAAUAAAACUACCGAAGCAAGCUUUAGAUCGGCUGGCUCAAGAGAGGAAGCGCGCCCGAGUCGGAAUUUCUUUUUUUUUUUUCUCUCCCCCACAUAAAAAUUGAAAAUUCUGCAUGUUCCAACCCUAAAACUAAUAAUAACUGAUUGUUCCAGUGGCUUCUCCGGCAACUCUGUGCGUAGUUACAAUUAGUUUUAAGCCAAAACUGGACGGUUUGGUCGGGUUUUAGUUUCGACCAUGCUUUGUUCUUGUUUUUUUUAAAUAGUUUAUUUAAAUGAUCGAUUUAUUUAACGACUUUUAUAAUAAGAGGUAUUUAUGAAAUAAUUAUUACUUUUGAAAAACAUUCUUGAAAUUUCCUUAAUUUUUACUGCAGUAAUUAUAUAAUUUUUAAUAGCUCUUGAAGGUGAAUAAACUAAUAUCAACCAUCGGUUCUUAUUUUUUAUUUCCGUGUGAUACGUUUCUUGAAAUUUCGGGAGUGUUUCCGUUAUAAGAAUAAAAUAAGCUUUCUAUAAAACCCAGUUAUACGCGUACGUAUGUUAAUAAAAAAAUAUUUAAAAGGGUUUCCGUUUAACUUUCGAUAGUCACCGUUUUGCUUCAUGUUCAGUUUUUAGUAUAAAGUUACGAUAUUUAUUAAAAGAAAUUUGUAAAAUCCAAACAAAAAUCCAUCAAUAAAUUGACUGAAAGAAUCUUAUCUUGCAAUCAAUUUUGCAAAUUGUAAACUUGAGAUUUGUCCUUUUGUGGUGGUUUUUACAAUUUUUGCCAACAGAACCGUUCUUAGUAAAUAUUAAUUGAAUGUAGAUCAUAUACUGCACAGCUAGUAAAUAGAACCAGUAACUAGUGGUGUUAAUUCAAGUUUCUUUUUUUUGUAUUGUUGAAAAUUUUAAAUUUAUGUAUAUAAAGAAACCUUAUAUUUUUAUUAAAUACUCAAAUGUAGUGUUUUACUUGAUUUUUAAACCCACAAAUUCAAUAUUUAUUUUUAUCUACUAUUGCUUAUAUUUUAUUUUUGCUAUUUUAACAGUGUGCAAUCAGUUGGAGGUAACAUUCAAAUUCAAUCAACGAUCCAAAAAAUAAAGCAGGAAUUUGUUACAACUAACUGAUGGUUAUAUCUCUAUACUUGUGAUUUUUUUGUAUAAAAAACGCCUAAAUAUUCCUUGAAUUUUUUUAUACCUGCUUGCUUUUAAUGCAUGUGCACAACUAUAUAAAUAUAUAUAUCCUUAUGUAAUAGACAUGCAUAAUUGUAUCUUUUUAGUAGAAAUUUGUGAAUAUUUUGUCUGUAUAUAUAUAAAAAAUAAAAAUUCUCCUCUUAA